AUGUUGCCAGCCCCGGCAGUCUCCUCCCUGCUCCGCUCCUUGAGCAAUAGCAGUAACUCGAGCUUGCGGUCCAAUGUCUCUACCGCGGGGUCCUCUGUGUCUUCUCUGGACAGCACCUCGUCCUCCAAGAGGAAGGGGAAAAGGAAAAACACCUAUCGUGCUGUUAGACGUGAUUCCAAUUCGAAGAAGGCCGAGGCAACUACCAUUACGAGCGGCGAAGAGUCUUCUGCAGCUAAGACUAACAAGAGAAAAAGAGGCCGAAGACGAACGCCUCGCUACGGUGUGUCGAAGAGAAUCGCUGCGCCGUCCCCAUCGGUUUCCUUGUCCGAGGAAAACUUUUAUCCGGAAUGGUGCGAGAUCGAGUAUGUGAGUGCUGCAGCUGCAGAGCAUGCAACUUCCCAUGCAAAACAAACAUCAUCGUCAUCAUCGACCCGUCAGCAGCCACAACCAUCUCUCCUUUCGACGAAGGUCAUCGCGCUUCCCACGGCAGAGUUCUUCGAUCACCGGCAGGAGCCGGACCUGCAUACCUUGAAGCGCUGCCUCGCCAGAAGGAUCACUGACUACGAACGGCGAGAGACGACGACGAGCAGGGCCACGCCGUCUAGCGGUGUCGCAUCUACCUCAAGUGGAAGUGCCUUGCGACCAAGCGCCGCUCUACAGUCCCCUUCACAACAGGCCCAGCCCAGUCUACUUAAACAGGAGAAACAGCCACCGCCCUUCAACCACUCCAAGCAUUUGGGCCAGCUGACGUCCGACCGGAUUAGAAGGGUUGACGAAUUUCACGAAGGGUAUUUGGUGAACAACGCGUUGGAUUACUGCGGGUUUUGGAUGCUGGAUCUGUUUCUGGAAAGCGGGAUGGAUAGCACGUACAAGGAGAUCAGUUCUGACAGAAUGCUGUCAGACGCGUUGUACCGAACCGACGGCAAGAUUUACAACAAUGCGACAAGUCAUAAAACAAAGGAUAAGAUGAAAGCCUCCAAGAACACCAGCGGGAAAAAAACCUCCGCAGCCAGAACCACACUGAAGAUCGUCUGCAAAAAGAAUCCCUUGAGUGCGGAUCUGAGACAAGCCAGAAAAAGCGACGUCACCGAUGAAGUUCUAGUUGCGCCUAGUGACCGAGGACCUGAAUCUCGCCUGACACGUAGCGAAGCAAAAAUGUCCUCGACCAAAAUUCGCUACAGCUUCCCGGAGGAAGACAAAAGAUUCACAAGCGACGCGUUCUGGCAGUGGAGGAGCAAGAAAUUCACACCAACGACACUCUAUUCCCUAGUACUCGACACCGACUAUUGUGAGCACCUGCACCGACAAGAAGAAAACCCGGACGAACCACGACUGCAAAUGACGACGCAGCAGAGGUUGAAAGAGAUUCUGGUCCAGCACCCGGGAAUAAUUAAGCCAACGAGGGAGCAAAGAGCGCAAUUGAAGAGCCAGAAGGCUCAAGCUCAUGCACCUACUGCAUCUCCCACUACAACAGCUGCGGCCACAACAGGAGUUGUCCAACCACCCUCAGCGCAUCUACUAGAAACACUCUUCCUCACAAACAACUGCGGGGACUUCCUUCAACCCGACACCUUUCGCGCAAUCGGAGCGUCCUCCACCCUACGAUUCUUAACCCUCCGAUUCGCGGACUACGGAAAUAUUUGGUUCUUGAUUUCAGCCUUAAAAACCUCGGACAUCGAGCACUUGACCCUCGACGGGUGCAAAUUCACCCAGCGGCAAAACCCCAUGUCGGAAUUGUUUGAGAAGGAUAAUGGUGGAGGUGUGGCGGUUAUGAACAGUGAAGCUGACGACCUACUGAAUCAGCACAACAGUGACAACAUGGUGAGCAACAACCAAACCCGCCUGCCCGACACGGAGCUUUUUCUGCGCGACCUGGAGAAGUUAACGCACGCCAUUCACGAUGGACAGACGAGGCUGCUAACGCUAAACUUGGGACAAGGACCGAUCUGGUCGCACGAGCAGAUGGAGGGGAGGUGUGGGUUUGUGGAGGUGGAGCAUGCUCAUCUUGACCAAGGACAAAAAGAAGAUCCGCACGCAGACAAGAUGCGCGAUAGCGACAAGGCAGCUCCGACAUUUCGAACUGCUACCGGGACAAAUUAUCAUGAUCCUUGCUACUUCGUCAAGUACUACAGCGCUCGGUGUGGCUGGAAGAGAUGCGUUGUGAACUUUCUAGACGAAGAUUAUAUUUUCAGGUCCUAGAAGGUUACUACAAUCGCUCUGUGAGCGUCGAAUUAUGCGUGUGACUCUGAUUUGUGUGGUGGAGGGUAAGAGUGCCGCGUUGCCAGAAAGCUUUUGAGUAGAACCCAUUCCGAUUGUACUUUCAUCUCCCGAGGUUUAAAUAAUUCAUUUCGACCGACAGUGCCAGUGAGCGCCUCGUGGAAGCGAAAAACAUUCAACUUUCCAUGCGUUCUUCAAACUCCUGC